CUUAUACUUACAGGAUUUUCAUCCAUUUGAUUUCCAAUUUUCUCCUUGACUUCAGACAAAAAUGGCUGUCUCUACGGAUUGCCGAUUCUCCCUUUCGGCAGCCGGCAGGCAGCUUCGUGGUGGCAGGGCAGGGUUGGCCGGAAGGAACACACGACUUGUGAAGUUCGGUAACGGAGAGUUGAUGGGUAGUAAGCUGAAGCUAACUCAACUACAUGGAAGAGCAACUCGUUGUAGUAGUAGUAGUAGCAGCAAAAUUAUCAAGCAAUGUCUGACUACUAAUUUAGCAGGAGAAUCCAAGUUGAGGGACCUAGAAAUGGAGAAAAGGGACCCAAGAACAGUUGUGGCAAUUAUUCUAGGAGGAGGAGCUGGUACUCGUCUUUUCCCUCUCACCAAGCGUCGGGCCAAACCUGCGGUUCCAAUUGGAGGUUCAUACAGGCUGAUUGAUGUUCCAAUGAGUAACUGUAUUAACAGUGGAAUUAACAAGGUCUACAUUCUCACUCAAUUUAACUCAGCAUCACUCAACAGACAUCUUGCUCGCGCUUAUAACUCUAGUUCCGGGGUCACUUUCGGAGAUGGCUUUGUCGAGGUUCUUGCAGCCACUCAAACUCCUGGAGAAUUAGGUAAAAAGUGGUUUCAGGGUACUGCUGAUGCUGUCAGACAGUUCCAUUGGCUUUUCGAGGAUGCAAGAAGUAAAGAUAUUGAAGAUGUGCUAAUCCUUUCCGGAGAUCACUUGUACCGUAUGGACUAUAUGGACUUUGUGCACAAUCAUCGUCAGAGUAAUGCAGAUAUCACCAUUUCUUGCUUGCCGAUGGAUGACAGCCGUGCCUCAGAUUUUGGUCUGAUGAAGAUAGACAACAAAGGGCAAGUCCUUUCAUUCAGUGAAAAACCUAGAGGGGCUGAGCUAAAGUCAAUGGCAGUAGACACAACAGUACUAGGUUUAUCAAAGGACGAAGCUGAAAAGAAACCGUACAUCGCUUCAAUGGGAGUUUACGUCUUCAAGAAGGAGAUACUUUUGAAUCUUUUGAGAUGGCGAUUUCCGACUGCAAAUGACUUUGGAUCAGAGAUUAUCCCAGCAUCAGCAAAUGAAUUCUUCAUUAAGGCUUAUCUCUUCAAUUCUUAUUGGGAAGACAUUGGAACUAUCAGAUCCUUCUUUGAAGCUAACCUUGCCCUCACUGAGCAUCCAUCAAGAUUUAGUUUCUACGACGCAGCAAAGCCGAUGUACACUUCAAGAAGAAAUCUACCGCCGUCAAAAAUUGACAGUAGCAAGAUUGUUGACUCCAUUGUAUCACAUGGAAGUUUCUUAAGCAAUGCCUUCAUAGAGCACAGCCUUAUUGGUAUCAGAUCUCGAAUUAACUCUAAUGUCCACUUAAAGGAUACUGUGAUGCUUGGUGCUGAUUACUAUGAAACCGACGAUGAAGCGGCAGCAUUACUCGCCGAAGGAAGAGUGCCGAUUGGAAUCGGAGAAAAUACUAAAAUCAGGGAGUGUAUCAUCGACAAGAAUGCUAGAAUCGGGAAGAAUGUCGUCAUUGCUAAUUCAGAGGGCAUACAAGAGGCUGAUAGAUCUUCAGAAGGCUUUUACAUUCGAUCUGGUGUUACCGUCAUAUUAAAAAAUGCCGUUAUUCCAGAUGGAUUUGUAAUAUGAUUUCAAUUAUUUAUCAUUUAAUUCUUUGUCGCUGAUCGGGAAGAAAACCAAGAAAAUAAAUAUCAAGAGUACAUGAAGAUGGGAUAGUCUAAUACGAAUACCUAAAGAAGAGAUGAUUUACUACAGUCUAUAAACUUGUUUAUCUCCCACCAAAAUUUGUAGUCUUUAAUGUGUAACUAUAUUUCCCCAA